GUCCUUGCCUUGCUUAAACACUCUCUCUCUCUCUCUCUCUCUCUCACUGGUCUUUUGAGAUUUGUUUUCUACUCCCUGGCUACCUUUGAUGCUCAUUAAACUUAGUUUGACCUAAAUAUGAACUUGUGUUAGGUAAGGGUUCUGUCACCUUAAGUAGUUGUGUCAUAGCCAGCAUGGCAACUCCUUAGCAUGGUCCCGUGGUUUCCGUUAAGAGCCAUGAGGUGUGAGUAGCCAGAGAUCUAGGUAGCCAGAGAUCAUUAAAUGUGAAAGCUGCACUGGGAUGCUCAAAGUGCUCAGUGCUCUACCAGAGAACUACUGGAGUGGUCAGAGCACAGGGACCUGCAACACCAAUCUCCUCUGCCAGGUUGAGGAAGAGGGAACUCAAUAGAAAUGCUAUGAACCACAGUCAAAUUAAACUAAAAACACAACCAGAGUCACUAGGGAAGUCUAUAAAUAUACAAAUUUAACCUACUGAAAAAUUAGAAAGUUGGCAUUUCUGGUAUUUAAGGAGAUAUUUAUUCAUUUAUUGGUUUGAUUGUUCAAUAAACACCCUGUUGCCAUCUAAUUAUGUGCCAGGUACUGGACCAAGAGCUGAAGAGAUAAAAAAGAACAAAAUAAUUCCCUGUCCUCAAAGAGCUCAGUCUGUUGGGGGAUGGAGGGUUAGAGAUGGGAGGACAAGUAAGGAAAGAAUUAAAACACAAGCAUGUGAGAAUUGUAUUAAAAGACGAGGGCACAAUCUAUACAAUUUAAUACUGUAUUUGAGUCUGCUAUCUUUUUCCAAUAGAAAAAUGAGGAAGCCAAAUUAUAACUUUAUUUCCAUUUUCUGUAUUUCAAACCUAUGAUAAAUAGACUAGAGCUCCCAUUUUGAGAAAAAGGGAUGGGAGAAAUUAUAUUUUGAAGUUUUCUUGGAUUAAUUCUACCUCUAAAGGACAAUGUGAUACACGAACUUUAUUAAUUAGACAUUAUUAUGAGGCAUUGCCAUGGUAUGAAUGUUCUCACCUCAACACUGACAUGAAGACCAUCUGCAAGAAAUCCCUCAAUACCACUGAUUUCAGUCUAUAUCCUAGAGCUGCAAAUGUUCUGCAAAUGUCCUCUAGAUUGCCUAUAAAUUUGUAGCUCAUGAUUAUCAUAGAAUAAUAUUUUAUUUCUGCUCUUGGCAAUAAUUAUGUACUAAUGAAUAAAUAUACAAUGUUUUAAAAAUUACCAUAUUUAAUGUCUCAUUAAAAGCCAAAGCACAAGUAUUGGGAAGAAGGGACUGAAAGUUAGAGGGGGAAAUAUUCAAUUGAAGUAGGAUAACAAUUACUACUUUGGGGCCAUGGUUUUCAAAGUGUGGUCUGGGAAUCCGUUGGGUGGUUCCCAAGACCCUUCCUGAAAGUCUGUGAAAUAAAAACUAUUUUCAUAAUAACAACUAAGAUUUCUUUUUUGUCUCACUUUCUUUCUUUCCUAUGUGUACAAUGGAGUUUUCUAGAGACUUUACUAUGUGUGAAGUCAUAAUCAUCUGUCAGCAAAUUCUGUAUGUCUGUAUAUGCCUCUGUACUAAAACUUUUCAGUUCUAAUUUAUAAUAUGUUACAUAUUGAUAGAUAUGAUCCAUAAAAGCAAAUAAUUUUGAGGAUCCUAAAUAAAUUUUAAGAGAGUAAAGGAAUCCUGACACCAAAAAGUUUGAAAAUUACUGAUUUAGGGGGUAAACCUUAACUAAAAGGGCAUAUCUAAUCAAAUUUCCUCAUAUUUUAUAUGAAGAAACUAGACCAUAGGUUUCAUGAAGACAGUGAUUGUGUCUGGCUCAUUGUUUUAUCCUCAGAAUGUAGUAUAGUGCCAGGUACACAAUAAGCAUUCAAAUAUUUCAUAAACUAAUAAAUGAAUUCAUACAUACAUACAUACAUUUAUAAAUGAAGGCUUCACUAAUUGACUUAUUCAAGGAUACAUAAAAUGUCAGCUGCAAAGCCAGAACUAUAUUCUAAGUCUCCUGUCUUCUAUUCCUAUAUUAUUGCUCCCUAGCUCAAGAAUAUUUUUGUUGUUUUUAAUUUUUGUCUUAUAAUAUAUUGAAAGCCUGGGUGAUCAGUUAUCAUCAAUGUGGGAUGAUUACCUUCUCAUGAUGUUGUGUGACUUGAGCACUACAUAGUUUUUUUCUGGCUUUAAGAAUAAUCAACAUGAAUUAAUGCCAAAGGGAUGUUAUUAUAGGAAAAUGGAAGAAUGAUCAGAAAAUAUAACUUUCUGUUUUUUCCCCCAAAGCAGUUGAAUUUUGCAUGAUCCAUUCAUAUUCAAAUUACUAAUCUCCUCCUCCUUUCUUUGGUCAUAUCAUUAAACUUCUGGCAAGUCUUUAGAUUAGUGCACUCAGUAGUAGUUUCUGGACUCCAGAAAAAGUAAAACCAUAAACAAUUUUUUUAAAAAUAUACUUUUUACCCUCAAAGUUGUUUUGAGACAACUCAUGAGUAUUUGUAACAGAGAUGAGAAAAGUCUGCUUGCCACUGCACUGAUGGCUACAGAAAAUGGAAGGCCCACAACAGCCCACCAAGUACAAAGAAGAAUACAAGUCUUGUGAGGUGCUGCAUUGACCACCUAAAUUCUGACUCCUGUGAGAAACUGUUUUCAAAGAUCACUAACCUAAGACAAGGCCAACAAGAUUUAUUUCUUUUAUGAAGUAGUCAAAUGAAUCAGCUCACCCUUGACUGUAACAAAAUACUGUUUGGUGACUUGUGACAGACAGGGUUUUAACCUCUGACAGCGAGAUUCAUUGUGGAGCAAGAGCCAAUCAUAGAUCCUGACGACACUUGUCUCAUCUAAGUUGGAAUAUAAAAAGCCACUUGGAAUACAGUAUAAAAGAUUCACUGCUGUGGCAAGUUGUCUCUCAGACUGUACAUGCAUUAAAAUUUUGCGUGGCAUUACUCAAAAGCAAAAGAAAAGCAAAAGGAAGAAAUAAGAACAAGGAAAAAGAUUGUACUGAAUUUUUAAAUCAUGCAAAAAUUGCAAAUCUAUGUUUAUAUUUACCUGUUUAUGCUGAUUGUUGCUGGUCCAGUGGAUCUAAAUGAGAACAGUGAGCAAAAAGAAAAUGUGGAAAAAGAGGGGCUGUGUAAUGCAUGUACCUGGAGACAGAACACUAAAUCUUCAAGAAUAGAAGCCAUAAAAAUUCAAAUCCUCAGUAAACUUCGCCUGGAAACAGCUCCUAACAUCAGCAAAGAUGCUAUAAGACAACUUUUACCCAAAGCUCCUCCACUCCGGGAACUGAUUGAUCAGUACGAUGUCCAGAGGGAUGACAGCAGUGAUGGCUCUUUGGAAGAUGAUGAUUAUCAUGCUACGACAGAAACAAUCAUUACUAUGCCUACAGAAUCUGAUUUGCUAAUGCAAGUGGAUGGAAAACCCAAAUGUUGCUUCUUUAAAUUUAGCUCUAAAGUACAAUACAACAAAGUAGUAAAGGCCCAACUGUGGAUAUAUCUGAGACCCGUCAAGACUCCUACAACAGUGUUUGUACAAAUCCUGAGACUCAUCAAACCCAUGAAAGACGGUACAAGGUAUACUGGAAUCCGAUCUCUGAAACUUGACAUGAACCCAGGCACUGGUAUUUGGCAGAGCAUUGAUGUGAAGACAGUGUUGCAAAAUUGGCUCAAACAACCUGAAUCCAACUUAGGCAUUGAAAUCAAAGCUUUAGAUGAGAAUGGUCAUGAUCUUGCUGUAACCUACCCAGGACCAGGAGAAGAUGGGCUGAAUCCCUUUUUAGAGGUCAAGGUAACAGACACACCAAAAAGAUCUAGAAGAGAUUUUGGUCUUGACUGUGAUGAGCACUCAACAGAAUCGCGAUGCUGCCGUUACCCUUUAACUGUGGAUUUUGAAGCUUUUGGGUGGGAUUGGAUUAUUGCACCUAAAAGAUAUAAGGCCAAUUAUUGCUCUGGAGAGUGUGAAUUUGUAUUUUUACAAAAAUAUCCUCAUACUCAUCUUGUACAUCAAGCAAACCCCAGAGGUUCAGCAGGCCCUUGCUGUACUCCCACAAAGAUGUCACCGAUUAAUAUGCUAUAUUUUAAUGGCAAAGAACAAAUAAUAUAUGGGAAAAUUCCAGCCAUGGUAGUAGACCGCUGUGGGUGCUCAUGAGAUUUAUAGUAUGUUCAUAACUUCCUAAAACAUGGAAGGUCUUCCCCUCAAUGAUUUUGAAACUGUGAAAUUAUGUACCACGUACUACAGAUCUAGAUAUGCUACAGUCACUAAAGCAUAAGCUACAGUAUAUGAACUAAAAGAGAGACUAUAUGCAAUGGUUGGCAUUUAACCAUCAAAAUAAAUCAUACAAUAAAAAUUUUAUGAUUUCCAGAGUUUUUGAACUAGAAGGAGAUCAAAUUACAUUUAUGUUCAUAUAUACUACAACACAGGCAAGGGAAUGAAAGCAAUUCUCCUUGUGUUCUGAUGAAUUAAAGGAGUAUGCUUUAAAGUCUAUUUCUUUACAGGUUCAUUUAAUAUUUACAGAAAAAUCUAUAUAUAGUAUUGGUAAAAUGCAGGAUUGUUAUACACCAUUGUUUGAAUCAUCCUUAAACACUUGAAUUUAUAUUGUAUGAUGGCAUACUUGGUAAGAUAAAAUUCCAAAAAAUAGGAAUGGUACACGAUAUGCAAGUUUCCAUUCCUAUUAUAAUUGGUAUAGUAUAUUAAAAAUCCAUGCCAAUGGUGCUAAUACAAUAAUAGGUGGAAUGAAUGAUGUUAUUAGGUUUAUCAAAUAAAAAACAUUCAGUAAAAUACUAAGUUUCUCCUUGCUUCAGGUAUAAUUUCAUACACUUCCAAAUGGGGAAUGAAUUUUCUUUAAUGAAAGAAGAAUCAUUUUCCAAGAGGCCAGCUUUCAAUUCUGUAGCAUACUUGGAGAAACUGCAUUAUCUUAAAAGGCAGCCAACAUUUUUAUUAAAAUUGCAAAAUUACAUACUUGAAGUUAAAUAUUUGAAGAAGUAUGUUAUUUUUUCUUUGCAAAAUUAUAACACUGCCUUUGAAACACAGCGGUUUUUAUGAUAAAAUAAUGGAAAUGACUGAUUCUAUCAAUAUUGUAUAAAAAGACUUUGAAACAAUUGCAUUUAUAUUAUAUAAUAUGUAUACAAUAUUGUUUUGUAAAUAAGUGUCUCCUUUUUUAUUUACUUUGGUAUAUUUUUACACUAAGGACAUUUCAAAUUAAGUAUUAAGGCACAAAGACAUGUUAUGUAUCACAGAAAAGCAACUGCUUAUAUUUCAGAGCAAAUUAGAAAAUUAAAUAGUGGUCUUAAAACUCCAUAUGUUAAUGGUUAGAUGGUUAUAUUACAAUCAUUUUAUAUUUUUUUACAUUACUAACAUUCACUUAUGGAUUUAUGAUGGCUGUAUAAUGUGAAUGUGAAAUUUCAAUGGUUUACUGUCAUUGUAUUCAAAUCUCAACGUUCCAUUAUUUUAAUACUUAUAAAUAUUACUAAGAAUACCAAAAUAAUUAACUCCAUUAUCUGAAGUGAAGAAUAAUAAACUGAUGCUAUCUCA